AUGCUUGCUUCCCAGGGGAAAUUUAAUAUGUUGCGAGUACAUAAAAACUGCUCGACGUCUGCUCCCAGAUCUUUUUUUUCUUCAUACAUUUCCACCUCGAACUUGAGUAAGCAACCUCAGUCGAUCACAAUGGCUCGAUACCCUCAAGUUUCUACUCAACAAGCCCGGCCGGUGCAUGCCACCCCGGCGCCCUUUGUCAACCACGCCUCGCCAGCUGACGCCAAUUACGAUACCGCCAACCCGUCAUACAUUCGCAAGUACCUGCGCACCUACGGCCUCACUCCUCCUCGCGCCGAGGGCUACGAGACCCAAAAGACACGAUGCCUGGCUCAGCUGGGUCUGAAGAACACCCCCAUCGACAAAUUCCUCUACCUCAGCACCCUGCGCAAGAACAAUGUGCACCUUUUCUACCGUCUCGUGACCGACCAUCUCCGGGAAAUGACGCCUCUGAUCUACACCCCCGUGGUUGGCGAGGCCUGCCAACGCUGGUCUGAGAUCUACCAGCAGCCCGAAGGAAUGUACCUGAGCUGGGAGGAUCGUGGAAACCUCGCUUCCGUCAUUGCCAAUUGGCCCCAGCCCAAUGUUGAGAUCACAUGUAUCACCGAUGGCUCCCGCAUUCUCGGCCUGGGUGAUCUUGGUAUCAACGGCAUGGGUAUCCCCAUUGGCAAGCUUGCUCUAUACACCGCCUGUGCGGGUAUUCGUCCCGAGGCCACCCUGCCUCUGACUCUCGAUCUGGGCACUGGUAACAAGGCCCUCCGGGAAGACCCGUUGUACAUGGGUAGCCGUCGUGACAAGAUCUCCCCCGAGGAGGAGCGGGAGUUCUUGGACGAGUUGAUGGCUGCUCUCACUGAGCGCUGGCCCGGUAUCGUCAUCCAAUUCGAGGAUUUCAAGAACCCCUUCCCCGCUCUCGAGCGUUACCGUGAUCUAUACACCUGCUUCAACGAUGACAUCCAGGGUACUGGUGCUGUCAUCCUGGGCGGUGUCAUCAACGCUGUCAAGCGCGCCGGUUUGCCCUGCAAGGAGCACCGCGCUGUCUUCUUCGGAGCCGGUAGCGCCGGUGUCGGUGUUGCCCGUCAGAUCGUCGAGUUCUUCAUGCGCGAAGGCAUGACCGAGGAUGAGGCCCGCAACUGCUUCUACCUCGUCGACACCAAGGGUCUCGUCACUGCUGACCGCGGUGACAAGCUCGCUGACCACAAGGUCUACUUCGCUCGCCAGGACAACAAUGGCGAGCAGUUCAAGACCCUCGAAGAGGUUGUUGACCACGUCAAGCCCUCCAUCCUGAUGGGUCUCUCCACCAUGGGCGGUUCCGAGUGUGACUUCGAGACCGCUGUCAAGAACACUGAUGGUCGCUGCCUCUUCGCCUCCGGCUCUCCCUUCCCCAACUGUACCUUCACCAACUCCGCUGGCGAGACCCGCACCUACUACCCCGGUCAGGGUAACAACAUGUAUGUCUUCCCCGGUAUCGGCCUCGGUAGCAUCCUGUCCAAGGCCGUCCGUGUCACCGACAGCAUGAUCUACGCCUCCGGUGAUGCCCUCUCUCAAGCUCUCACCCCUGAGGAGCUCGAGCGUGGUCUCCUCUACCCUGACAUCACUCGCAUCCGCGAGGUCAGCAUCGUCGUCACUCGCAAGGUGAUGCGCGCCGCCCAGGAGGACAAGGUCGACCGGGAGACUGCGCUCCGUACCAUGAACGACAUCGAGUUGGACAACUGGAUCAAGGCCCGCAUGUACGAUCCUCACACUGAGGUCCGCGCUCUCGAGCGUGAGGUCGGUCACUUGCUCUCCAGCCUCGGCACAAUUUCGCCCCCCAUCACGGCGAACGGCUCCCCCACCGAGGAGAAGAAUGCCAAGCUGUAA